UUUGAAUCCAUGGAUCUUCUUGAUUUUCCCCUUUAAUGCGGAAAUGCUUGGUGUAACAAAUAGGAUAAUAUAAUAUAAUAUGGAGGGAUAAAUUCUGAAACCGAUGAUCCAAUUUUCUAAAAACAAGGACCAGCUUUCCGAGGAACCCGUGUUGGAUGUGGCGUUCUGGUCAACUCUGAUAAAUCAAUCAAACUGAAAAAACGCAGAGGCAUUUGAUUUGUUUGGCAGUGGCAAAGGUUUUGUGUUGUGUUUUUUGUGUUGUGUUCUUUUGAGUUGAUAAGCAUCGACAACAUCGAAAACGAUGUCGUGCGAGGAUGUGUUCAUUGGCGCCAUCGACCAAGGUACGACCAGCAGCAGGUUCAUAAUCUACGACGGAUCGAGUAAAGCCAUCGGAAUCCACCACGUGGAGUUCACGCAGUUCUACCCGCAACCCGGGUGGGUGGAGCAUGACCCGAUGGAGAUCUUGGAGAGCGUGAAGGUGUGCGUGGCCAAAGCAGUCGACAAGGCCACCGCCGAUGGCUUCAACGUCGACAAGGGACUCAAGGCCAUCGGUCUCACCAAUCAGAGAGAAACCGCUCUCGUCUGGAGCAAAUCCACCGGUCUCCCUUUCUACAACGCCAUCGUUUGGAUGGAUGGUCGUACUUCUUCCAUUUGCAGGAGACUGGAAAAUGAGUUAUCUGGCGGUAGAACCCAUUUUGUGGAGAAGUGUGGCUUGCCUAUUAGCACAUACUUCAGUGCAGUGAAAUUACUGUGGCUGAUAGAAAAUGUGAGUGCCGUGAAGGAGGCUAUAGAGAAAAAGGAUGCGCUGUUUGGAACUAUAGAUACUUGGUUGAUAUGGAAUUUAACUGGUGGCGUAAAGGGGGGAUUGCAUGUUACCGAUGUUUCUAACGCAUCCCGUACAAUGUUCAUGAAUCUAAGAACCCUGCAGUGGGACGAAACUAUAUUGGAAACUCUUAAAAUUCCUGCUGAAAUUUUGCCUAAAAUUGUUAGUAAUUGUGAAGUUAUAGGAGAUAUUGCGGCUGGAUGGCCAAUUACUGGUAUCCCUAUUGCUGGAUGUUUAGGGGAUCAGCAUGCUGCCAUGUUAGGACAAUCAUGCCGUAAGGGGGAGGCUAAAAGCACUUAUGGCACAGGUGCUUUUAUAUUACUGAAUACUGGUGAAGGGAUAGUUAAAUCAAAACACGGUCUUCUAACCACAUUAGCCUACAAGCUUGGCCCAAAUGCUCCAACCAAUUAUGCAUUGGAAGGAUCAGUCGCUAUUGCUGGAGCUGCAGUGCAAUGGCUUAGAGACGGUCUUGGCCUCAUUUCCUCUGCUUCGGAGAUAGAGGAGCUGGCAUUACAGGUUGAUUCCACUGGUGGGAUUUACUUUGUUCCUGCUUUUAGUGGAUUGUUUGCUCCAUGGUGGCGUGAUGAUGCUCGUGGUGUUAUUGUUGGAAUGACAAGGAUCACAAACAAAGCCCACAUUGCUCGAGCCGUGCUUGAGAGCAUGUGUUUCCAAGUGAAAGAUGUCUUGGAUUCAAUGNAGUAG